GUUUGGAAGCUGUCAAAUUAACACAUUAACAUUGAAUGUAUCUUAGAUCUUUCAAUUAAAGCGACCAAAAGGUGCAGUGAUUCCAGUAUGAGCAUACAGAAGUCAUGCAACAAGACUAAUUUAUGAUGUCACAUGAUAUGGAAACACCAUUCCUGAGCUUUUGCAAUCCUAACUAUCAACCUAAUAACAAAGCAGUGCACACCAGUCCAACAUCUGAGAACAACAACAACCAGAGCGACGCAGUCAACAUCAACAUUAUGUCGGCCGCAGACGAGAAACAAGAGCAAACUAAGCUCAUAAACGGAGAAAUUCAGUCACUUACUUCUACGGAAGAGGAUUCGGACUCAAUCUCAGUGAAAAGUGGCAUAGUUUCUGGAGAAGAAGCGGUCUCGGAUGAAGAAAAUGACUUUGUCGUUGCCAAUACCAAGUUUGUGGGAGACUCCGGGACCGACUCGAGCGAUGAGAAGCUGAACAACACUGAGUGCAUGAACAUGGCCUAUGGGGAGAAAGGCAAGGGAAUACUCGCCUACAUUUCCCUGCUCGAGCAGAGUGCAAGAGAGCGUAGUGAGAGGAAGCGUAGGGAGCAGCUGCUUGGGGUCGAAGGCGAUCAGACGCAGUGCGACAGCGGCGACACAACCCCUGCCUCAUUGGCAGAGAACAUCAAACUUAAAACGUUUCGCAAUGCUGGGUUCGAUAUCAACUCGCCUGACUCCAACGACAGCGGCAUACAGUCAGACGCGCGCUCUGACGAUGGCACCUCGCAGUCCCAGAGUGCAUCCAUCAGUGAUGAGCUGUAUGCGAUCACCAAUGAGUCAUACCUGCCUCGGUCCAAGAGCCAGGAGGACACAGAGGUCACACCGACCCAGGGGGAGGUUUUACCAUCAGGCUGGGAAAGAUGUGAAGAUGAGGAUGGCGCAAUAUACUACUGGCACAUCAAGAGUGGCACAAUCCAGCGUGAACCCCCGUCCCCCGCCCCGCCAGACCUGCGCGAGACGCUGCGAUCCAUAUCCGUCAGCAGUGACACUAGCACAUUGUCUGGAGACUCGGUGAACUCCAUACCUUCAACACCGUCCAGUGUGGCCAGCACAGAGGACCACCUGCAUGAGUUUGAAGACCAUGCCCUACAGUACGCAGUCAUGUCGCUGAAAAAUCUGUCAGCGCAGCAGAGAAGUUCCCGUUUGAAUGAAGGAAGCAUGGACAAACCGGUGAGAUAUGCGGUGAGCUCUCUUGGCUGGGUCCCAAUUGCGGAGGAGGAUUUGACCCCUGAACGAAGCAACAAGGCGGUCAACAAGUGCAUUCUGGACCUGACCUUGGGUCGCAAUGACAUCAAUGACGCAGUGGGACGGUGGGGCGAUGGCAAGGACCUGUACAUGGACCUGGAUAUCGAGAGUCUGCGCCUGAUCGACCCCCAGGACAUGUCCGUCCUCAACUACCAGCCCAUACACACCAUCCGAGUCUGGGGGGUGGGCAGAGAGAAUGGCAGAGACUUUGCGUACGUGGCUCGGGACAACCUGUCAAAGAACUACAUGUGUCACGUGUUCCGCUGUGACACUCCGGCGCGACACAUCGCCAAUAACUUACGGGAUAUCUGUAAGAAGAUCAUGAUGGAGCGAACCCUUCAGCAGAAGGCGCUUAGUCGACUGACGCGGCCCAACGACUUGCCCAACUUGGAGACCACUAGCACCCAGCCAGCAGGGGAGAAAGUCACCUUUAAGUCUCUAUAUUCUAAUGCUUCAUUCCCCACCCCAAUGGAGGAGCCAAAGAAGAUCCUGAGGUGUCACUACCUGGGCUCCACUCUCGUCAAUAAACCCACAGGCAUGGAGGUACUGAACGGUGCUAUAGACCGGUUGCUAGAAACAGUGCCCCCUGAGAAGUGGCAGUAUGUGGGCGUCGCUGUAGCCCCCUCCACCAUCACCAUCACUGAACAUGGGAAUGCUGAUAACAAGAUUGAAGAAUGUCGUGUGCGGUACCUGUCCUUCAUGGGUAUCAGUAUCACCAACGUCAAGCUGUGUGCAUUCAUUGUGCACAAGGCAGAGGACAAAUUUCAAGCCCAUGUUUUCCACAGCGACCCAAAUGCUGGACCCCUCUGUAAAACCAUAGAGGCCGCUUGCAAAUUGCGUUACCAGAAAUGUUUAGACGCACAGCAUCGAUACCUGGGGAAAACAAGAGAACGAAGAAAUAAGGUGGAAGCUGAGGAAGAUGACAUGACUCCUACAGAGCAUCGAUCUCUGAAAGACGGUGUCAUACACAGGGUCGAGGUGGUCGGAACGAAAGUGAAACCAGUCCUGCAGCAGGUGCAGACUGGUAUGAAAACUGGAGUCCAGUCUGUGAGUACGGGGCUUAAAUCUGGGGUCCAGAAGGCCAAGUCAGGCGUUCAGACUGUGUCAAACUUGCUGUCGUCAUUCAGGGGAAGGAAACUGGUGGAUAAACAGUCCAGUGAGCAAAGCCAGCCGAUGAUUGAGCAGUCCUAGCCUUGGCCCCCAAAAUUGGACGUUUUUAUCUUUAAUAUUGUGAUAUAGGGAGUGAAGGCUGGAUUGAAAAGUGUGAUUUCGUCUCUGAAGUCGCCGACAAUCAUCCAGAAAAUCUUCACAGAGCGAGUCUGUACGGGGGAGGACAAAUGAGCAGACACAGUUUUGAGAUUACUUCACAAUGAUUUGUUUAUCAGUUCAUGUGCAUUUCAGUGUUGUUUCUCAACCAGUGAGGCGUGCUGUAUUUACGGUGAACCAGUACUCAACAUAAAUUUGUUGCAGGUUACAGGACCUGCUUAAAAAAAUGCAAUGCUGCUAGAACUAUUGAUUGGGUUGAGUUCUUCACAAACCACUAUUUAAUGUUGUAGUUUGUUCAUACAUGGGAAACUUUUGUUUUUAAAACAAGCAUUCAUAAAUAGUGUUCAAGUUGAUUACUAACAUGUUUUGAAUAUUUUUUUAGUUUGACAGUAUUCAAGUUUACAAAUUCCUCUAUAAAUACAAAAAGUUUCUUACUACCUACUGAUGUUUUUGUGGUUCAGAUUGUGUGAUCUUAAAACAUAAUAAAUUGCCUAUUGCAAUUUGCUGUAUGCAGUUAUCACUCAAAUAGUAAUCAGUCAAGAAAACGUUUUCGAUAUGUAUUUAUGUUUGUCUCCAUUUGUGUUGAAAUGUUUUUUUUAACAUACCAAUUUACCAUUCAUUGUGAUUUUUCUAAACAGAGUUGUAUUGAUACAGGUUAUUUUUUUGUUAUUUAACAGAUAAAUGUUACAUAUAAGAUGUAGAUAAUUACAUAUUGCAAUAUACAUAAGGGUUUUGUCAAUAAUUGCUGUUUAAAAUUUACCACCUAUUUACAAAAGUGUGCAGUACACAACAUACAUGAAAUGAUAAUUAAGUUUAUAGAGCUAAACAUGUUGGCUUACAUUUUAAAAUUCCCACUGUUAACAAAAAUAUUCGUCUAUAUGAAUGCUUAAAUGGACCACUUGGUGUUUACUUGCAGUCAGUUUGUGAAUGUUUUAUGCUAUAUAUUUGAUUCAAGUUAAGAUAAACUUUAUAUUGUUAAUCGA